UACCAUUUCGUUAUUUCAUUUCCUUUGAAAACUGGUAGAGAUUCGAAUUUUAUUGGCAUUUACAAUGCUUAGUCUUAGUUUAAAUCCAAGAACAACAUAUAUAGAAAAAGAAAUAUAUAUAUGUUAAUCGUUAAUCUAAAACCUGCAAAACUGUGUCACGUAAAGAUGUACUUUCUCCUUAAGUUAUGUUACAAGUACAACUGGAGGUAAACUGUAUCAUCUUUAAAAAAAUCAGUAAAGGCCCAAAGCUAUGAGAUGGAUUGAUUACCUAUAUUGUCUUAUUUAGGGGUAGGUUUUAUCAAUAGGGGGCAAAUAAAGCCGAAGAUGAUAUUGUUAGACAAAGUGUAUGUAAACAAAUAUAAGCAAUUGGAUUUGAUUCAGCGACCUAACUACAUGCUAUAAGACAAUAAACCAUGUAAAUUGAGGAUAAGCAUACUUCAGGAAUGAACUCCCCAAAUAAGAACAUCACACUAAGUAAAAAGAUAAUUGUUUCCCAUGAGAUAAGGGUUUCACACUUUAUCAUUCCCUAAAAAAUAACCAAAUUGAAUAUGACAUUUCACCUUUUACAAACCAGAUAUUGAUAAACUUAUCCAUUUUCGAAUAUGAUAAACGUAACAUACUUAUAUACAUAUCUAAACCACAAUUUUUUUUUUUGUUAAUCAAAAAGUUUUAACCUUCAUUUAAACUUAUAUCUCUAUAUCUUUUAAUAAUAAAAAAACUCAGCAGUGGAUCUGCGUUUAUCUCAAAGAUGACAUCUGCAAAAUCUUUUAUUAAAUGGGGAUAUCAAAGAGAAACAACUGUUUUAUAUAUAGAUAAUUGAGAGAAAACAUUUCAAAGAUAUAAACAAUUUUGUUUAGGUUUUAGAAGCUUAUAAUAUUGUUUGGUUCAAAAUUUAGAGUUUAUAGGAAUCUAGACUGUGGUUUUAAUUUCUUCUCUGUAAAAUUUGGUUAUUCUACAAGGCAUAGAUUUCCUAUUUUUGUAUCUAGACAAACAAUUAUUUAGCAUAUAACUCUAUUUUUUAUAUUAUACUCCCUAUGUUUUUUAAAAAGUGUCAUGAUACAUUUAACGAAGAUUUAAAAACUGUAUAAUAGAUUAAUAUAUCUUUAUUUGAUGUACAAUUAAUUAAAUGAAAGAUGAUUUAAAUAAAAAAUUAUGGUUAUUGAAAAAAGUGAAAAAAAAAGAAUUACAUUAGAAUGUAAAAUGACAUAUUUGAAAUAAAAAAUAAACUAAACAUAGAAAGAUAACUUUUCUAUGCAUGAAAUUUAAACAUAGAAAGACAACUUUUAAAUUUUUCAUGAGGGCUUCUGGAGUCAUGUGAAAGCUAAACACACUUCACAACAUAAUAAUUUUUUCGAAGAAGUACAUCUCAACCAAGUCAUCGUUCGGUCAUCUCAACCACGCUCUUGCAUUGGCCUCUCAACCACGCUCUUUCAUUGGCCAUGGUCAAAGCCAUAUCAAUUCUUUUAUUCAUUAUCAUAUAUAUAUAUAUAUAUAUAUAUGUAUAUAACUUAUACAGUAUAUUUCAUUGUCAUUAGUCUCGUUUCACAUUAUCAUUACUUACACAACUAAAAUUCUCAUCAAGUUGAAUUUAGUAGAUAAAUGGAAAUCAGUUUGGUCUUCAAGAUGGAUAAAUCGAAACACAACAUCAUAGUAUUUUUUACGGCAUUUUAUAAAUUUUAUAAAUAGACACACAAAUACACAAUAAUUGAAAAACAAAGAUAAAUCUCCACUUUUAUUUUACAAAAUUUUUUUUUUUUUGCAGGAUUUCGAAACCAUUUCACAAUUUCAAGUCUAAAAUCUAAAAUCAGUUAAUCCGAAACAUCUCAUUACUAUGAGCAUUUAUAGAAAGAACACAUACAAACACUGGCACAGUCGCAACAUAAAUGUAAGAAACUUGCAAUUGCAUUUUCCAAUGCCUCUCAUCUGACCCUCGUUGACCUUCGUCUGCUCUUUCCCAUUGCUUCAUUCAUUUCCCUUUAAUCACACACACACACUGUCAAUAAUUAAUCAAAGCGAAAUGACAGAAGAUAUAAAGAAAGACCCGCGUGUCGUCAUUGUAAAAGGCUAUACUAUGUAGUUUUAGGCUUCUAGCCUUCUUUUAUAGCCGAUCCCAAAGCUUUAUCUGCAUUUACUUCUCUUGCAACUCACCACACAUCAAACAUUUGAGCGUGUUAUAUCUAUCUAUAGAGAGAAAGAGAGAGAGUCCCCCAUGCACCAUCCUUACGAUCAUCUCUGUUCCAUCAACUUCAACAAAAAAAAAACAACAAUUGUCUUAAACUCUAGGCUCACUUCUACUAAUCACCAGAGGAAUCUUCAUUCACUUUCAUACACUUCUUGUUUCCUGAAGAAGAAGAAGCAAAACAAUGCAGCGGCUUUCUCUUUUUGUUCUGUUUUUCCUCUGUUUUUUAGUCGGUUCUGGUUCGGGUCAACCGGGUCAAAGCAACGAUCUCCAAACUCUCCUCGAACUGAAGAAGUCUCUUGUCGCAAACCCAAAAGACGAAACCGUUCUCCGGAGUUGGAACUCCGAUGAUCCCAAUUACUGCAACGGGACCGGCGUCACGUGCGGUGGUCGUGAAGUCAUCGGUUUAAAUCUCUCCGGUUUAAACUUAACCGGUUCAAUCUCUCCUUCUAUUGGCCGGUUUGAUAACAUAAUCGACCUCGAUCUAUCGUCCAACAGUCUCGUAGGUCCCAUCCCAGCUGCUCUCUCCAACCUCUCUUCUUCUUUGGAAACUCUGCAUCUCUUCUCUAACCUACUCAGCGGCGAGAUACCGAGUCAACUCGGCUCACUCGUGAAUCUCAAGUCGUUAAAAAUCGGAAACAACGACCUCGCCGGAUCAAUCCCGGAGACGUUAGGGAAUCUCGCCAAUCUCCAGACGCUCGGAUUAGCUGCGUGCAGACUCACCGGUCCGAUACCGAGUCAACUCGGUCGACUCGUUCAGAUGCAGUAUUUGUAUCUGCGACAUAACUACCUCGAAGGACCGAUUCCACCCGAGUUAGGAAACUGCGCCAACCUCGUUACGUUCUCCGCGGAGGUGAACAGCCUCAACGGAUCGUUACCGGCGGAGCUGAGUCGACUCGGUAACCUCGAGUCACUCAAUUUGGCAAACAACAGCUUGUCCGGAGAGAUACCGAGUCAACUCGGUGAUCUCCGCAGUCUCAACCACCUUUACUUGAUCGGUAACAAACUUCAAGGUUCGAUUCCAAAGACAUUAACGGAGUUAAAAAACCUCAGAAUCCUUGAUUUGUCUAAGAACAGUCUCACCGGAGGGAUACAUGAAGAGUUCUGGAACAUGAAUCAGCUUGAGUAUCUGGUUCUAGAGUACAAUCCUCUCUCUGGUUCCUUACCAAAGAGCUUGUGUUCUAACAACACAAAUCUUAAGCUACUGCUUUUGUCUGAAACUCAGCUUUCCGGCGAAAUUCCGACAGAAAUCAGCAAAUGUCGGUCAUUACAAGAGCUUAACUUGUCCAACAACACGCUCACCGGUCUAAUUCCCGACUCGUUGUUUCACCUCGUCGAACUCACGGUUUUAUAUAUUAACAACUGUAGCUUGCGAGGCACGUUAUCUCCAUCUAUAUCUAACCUAACGAACCUACAAGAGUUUGGUCCGUCUCACAAUGCCUUGGAGGGGAAGUUACCAAAAGAGAUCGGUUUUCUCAGCAAACUUGAACGUCUGUUGCUUCACGAUAACCGGUUUUCCGGUCAAAUCCCGGUUGAGAUUGGGAACUGCACGAGUCUGCAGGAGAUUGAUAUGUAUGGGAAUCAUUUCAGUGGAGAGAUUCCUUCUUGGAUAGGAAGAUUGAAAGAUCUUACUUGGCUUCACUUGAGAGAGAACGAGUUUUCUGGUAACAUUCCCGCCACUUUAGGUAACUGUCAACAACUGACGCUUCUUGAUUUAGCUGACAAUCACCUCACCGGUUCGAUCCCUUCCUCCUUCGGCUUCUUAACGGCCUUGGACCAGCUUCACCUUUACAACAACUCUCUUCAGGGGAACCUUCCCAGCUCACUUAUGAACCUCAAGAAGCUCACAAGAAUCAAUUUCUCAAACAACACGCUCAAUGGCUCCAUCAGCCCCUUGUGCGGUUCAAGCUCUUAUCUCUCGUUUGAUCUCACGGACAACAGAUUCGAGGGAGAUGUACCUCUUGAGCUAGGGAAGUCUCCGAGCCUCAAUCGGUUAAGGUUAGGGAAGAAUCAAUUCAGAGGAAGAAUCCCUUGGACAUUAGGGAAGAUCAAUGCACUGUCUUUAUUGGAUAUCUCAAGCAACUCACUGACAGGAAUCAUACCAGUAGAGCUCGGUUUGUGUACGAAUCUGACACUCAUUGAUCUCAGCAAUAACUUUCUUUCAGGGGUCAUACCUCCAUGGCUUGGAAAGCUUCCUUUCUUGGGUGAGCUCAAGCUUUCUUCUAACCAGCUCACCGGGUCACUCCCUAGUGAGAUUUUCAACUUAAGCAAGCUUCUUGUGCUAUCUCUUGAUGGUAACUCACUUAACGGCUCUAUACCACAAGAGAUUGGAAACUUGGAAGCACUCAAUGUACUUAACCUAGACAAGAAUCAGAUUUCAGGUCAGCUUCCUUCAGCCAUAGGAAAGCUGAGCAAGCUUUACGAGCUUCGCUUAUCGAGAAACUCCUUAAUAGGAGACAUCCCUGUUGAGAUUGGACAGCUACAAGAUCUUCAAAGUGCUUUAGAUCUCAGCUACAACAACUUCACUGGACACAUUCCAUCAACCAUUUCGACGUUACAUAAGCUUGAAUCUCUUGAUCUGUCUCACAAUCACCUUGUCGGAGACGUUCCUGGCCCAAUAGGGGAUAUGAAGAGUUUAGGAUACCUCAACCUCUCUUACAACAACCUAACGGGCAGGUUAAAGAAACCUUUCUAUAAAUGGCAUGCAGAUGCUUUUGUAGGCAAUGCAGAUCUCUGUGGAAGCCCUCUUAGUCCCUGCAAGAGAGUUGGAUCAAAGCAGCAAGGUCUUAGCGCAAAAACCGUAGUUAUAAUCUCUGCCUUGUCUUCAGUAGCAGCUAUUGCUUUGACGGUACUAGUGGUUGUCCUCUUCUGCAAGCAAGGUCAUGAUCUUCUAAACAGCACAUUCUCAUCAAACUCUUCUCCUUCUUCACAAGCUCCCCUCUUUAGAAACGGAGCUGCAAAGACGGAUAUAAAGUGGGAAGACAUUAUGGAGGCUACGCAUCGCCUUGACGACGAGUUCAUGAUUGGAUCAGGAGGGUCAGGAAAAGUUUACAAAGCGGAUUUGAAGAACGGUGAGACGAUUGCUGUGAAGAAGAUUCUCUGGAAAGAUGAUUUGAUGUCAAACAAGAGCUUCAACAGAGAAGUGAAGACGCUUGGAACGAUCAGACACAGACAUUUGGUUAAGCUGAUGGGUUACUGCACUAGCAAAGAAGAAGGCUUGAACCUGUUGAUUUAUGAGUACAUGGAGAACGGAAGCGUCUGGGACUGGCUUCACGAGAAGAAGAAGCAGGUUCUUGGUUGGGAAACAAGAUUGAAAAUUGCACUUGGGUUGGCUCAAGGAGUGGAGUAUCUUCAUUUUGAUUGUGCUCCUCCUAUAGUUCACCGCGAUAUCAAAACCAGUAAUGUGCUUCUUGACCCCAACAUGGAAGCACACUUGGGAGAUUUUGGACUCGCAAAGAUCUUAACUGAAGAGAGUAAUGACACCAACACAGGAUCACAUAGUUUGUUUGCUGGCUCUUAUGGCUACAUUGCACCAGAAUAUGCUUACUCGUUGAAGGCCACUGAGAAGAGUGAUGUGUACAGUAUGGGGAUAGUGUUGAUGGAGAUUGUGACUGGUAAAAAGCCAACAGAUGAAGUGUUUGAUGAAGAGACCAAUAUGGUUCGAUGGGUAGAGACGUGUCUUGAGAUGCCACCUGGUUCUAGAGCGAGGGAGAAGCUGAUUGAUUCAGAGCUUAAACCGCUUUUGCCUUGCGAAGAAGCAGCAGCAUAUCAGCUUCUUGAAAUAGCGAUUCAGUGCACAAAAACUUAUCCUCGGGAGAGACCAUCUUCAAGACAAGCUUGCGACUGUCUUCUCAAUGUCUUCAGAGCUGCUAGUUAUGGGGAGAUGCAAACUGGUUCGGAGAAAUAAUUUUCCUUGAGACAUAUUAUGUAGUUUGUGCUAAUAGAAUAAUGAAAUUGAGCAUCUAGUGCUUUCUUAUGUGAUUCUUGAGGGUUUGGUUACAUUAGUUCCUGACCAUCAAAAUUGUUCAUGCAAAUCAAGAAACUGUCAGUAGAAAUCCGGGAACAAAAAUUAUACAUAAAAAUCGUUGUAUAGGGGACUUAAAAUAACAUUGGAUACUUGGGUCUUGAUGGAUAGAGUGACAAAGCGUUAGCAAUAUGUUAGCAAAUAUGUUUCAGGAGUUAUGUUCUUAUUAAUAUAACUAUUAUAAAUGAAUAAGUUUCAAAAAGUAUUAUAACUGAUUAAUAGAUUAGUUUUUUUACAACAACGACUGAUUAAUAGAUUAGUAAAAUGAUUAAUAUAUAAAAUUACUAUCUAAUGUAUAAUUUAUUUACUUAUAUAUAUCUAUAGAACAAUUCUCUUAAAUGUUUAAAUUUUUUUGUCACGAAAAGAGUCCAUAAGGAAGAAAAUGACCAAAAGAGGUUUCAUUAAAGAGGCAAAAGACUCUUUUACUAUUUGCUUUAUAGAUAUAUAAAUAAUUAAAAAUAAGAAAAAA